CUCCCACUCCCAUAAAUGCAGUGACACUUGCAUUCUGUGUGUGCAUGCGUGUUUGUCCGAGAGAGAGAGAGAGUCGAAAUAGAAAGUGAGGGAGCGGGGGGGGAGAGAGGGAGUUGGAGAGAAAGAGAAAGACAAGGAGGGGUGGGAGCGUGUGUGUGUGUGUUUAAGCUAGCUACUCACAGAAAAGAAGGAAUAAGAAAAUUGAAGUAGCCGCCAUAUGCUGAGGAUUUUGGUGAAUGCCUUGCUGAGGAGACACGCUCGUUUUUCCGGCGGAUCCUAAGAGAUGGGAAGCUCUCAUUUGCUGAACAAAGGCUUGCCUUUAGGCAUCAGGCCUCCCAUAAUGAAUGGGCCCAUGCACCCUCGUCCUCUGGUGGCUCUGCUGGAUGGGCGGGACUGUACUGUGGAGAUGCCCAUCCUGAAGGACGUGGCCACCGUGGCCUUCUGUGAUGCCCAGUCCACACAGGAGAUCCACGAGAAGGUGUUAAAUGAAGCAGUGGGCGCCCUCAUGUACCACACAAUCACGCUGAUGAGGGAGGACCUGGAAAAGUUCAAAGCACUGCGUAUAAUUGUCCGCAUUGGGAGCGGCUUUGACAAUAUCGACAUAAAGUCUGCCGGAGACUUAGGUAUAGCAGUCUGCAACAUGCCGGCAGCUUCAGUAGAGGAGACGUCAGACUCCACCAUGUGUCACAUCCUGAACCUGUACCGACGCACCACCUGGCUGCACCAGGCUCUCCGGGAGGGCACGCGGGUCCAGAGCGUGGAACAGAUACGAGAGGUCGCGUCUGGGGCGGCCCGGAUCAGAGGAGAGACGCUGGGGAUCAUCGGCCUAGGUCGUGUCGGACAGGCGGUGGCGCUGAGAGCCAAAGCAUUCGGUUUCAACGUGAUGUUCUACGACCCGUACCUGUCUGACGGGAUGGAGCGAGCCCUGGGGCUGCAGAGAGUCAACACCUUACAGGACCUGCUCUUCCACAGCGACUGCGUCACCUUACACUGCAACCUCAAUGAGCACAACCACCAUCUCAUCAACGACUUCACCAUCAAACAGAUGCGUCAAGGCGCCUUCCUAGUGAACACUGCGCGUGGUGGUCUGGUAGAUGAGAAAGCUUUGGCCCAGGCUCUGAAAGAGGGCAGAAUACGGGGAGCAGCGCUGGACGUCCAUGAGACAGAGCCCUUCAGUUUCAGCCAAGGUCCUCUUAAAGACGCCCCUAACCUGAUCUGCACCCCUCACGCGGCCUGGUACAGCGAGCAGGCCUCCAUAGAGAUGCGGGAGGAGGCGGCACGGGAGAUCCGGCGAGCUAUUACCGGUCGCAUUCCAGACAGCCUGAAGAACUGCGUGAACAAAGAGUUCCUCACACAGACCACGCACUGGGCCGGCAUGGACCCGGCUGUUGUUCAUCCAGAACUCAAUGGCACCUAUAGAAUAGAUACACCCUAUCAGCUGAGCUUUCUCUCUCUCUCAUCUCUCCAACAGUACCCCCCGGGCAUAGUGAGCCUCGCUUCAGGGGGUCUACCACCACCAGUGGAGGGCAUCAUGCCGAGUGCCGUGCCCAUAACCCACAGCCUGCCCACCGUAGCCCACCCUCCACACGCCCCCUCACCUGGCCAAACCGGCAAACCUGAACCUGAUAGAGAACAGCACCCCAACGAACAGUUGUAGCCCCCCUCUUCAAAUUCUCUCCGUACCACUAUAGAACUCUCCUGGUCCUUCUUUACCCCAAAGAAGAGCACGGAAACAGGCUCCCGGGCUCAGAACCAGCCACUAAAAACAACCACGACUCCGAAGCAGCCAACUCUUUGACUGAAGCUGGUGGACUGCGCUCUUUGAAGUACUAGUGGGGGACAAAAAAACAACAACAAAAAAAGAGAAAACCGUGUGGAUUUCAAACAAAGUUAACUUCUCCCUGAUGCAAAAUCCUGCUGUUUUAGAUUGUAGUCUGUCCAAGUGCAGUGGGCGAUCUUUUAUUCGUUCUUUUUUUUGUGUCUGUCUAAUGGGUUUCAUUGUUAAAACAACAGUAGCUAUUACAUGAAUGUAACCUGUUUGUGUACAGUUUUUAGGACAUGAUUAAUGGUUUGUAGAUGCUAAAAAAAUAAAUAAAAAAACUGAAACCGCUUACAGGAGGCAUCUCACCACCUGAUAUUAGAUGCGAUAAAAAGCAGAUUAGUUUCACUCGUUUGAUUUUAAAAGCCCCGAAAGAGGCGGGAUUUGCACACCCUCUCAGGAAAAUUUAUUUCCCCCCCCCCCUUCCUUCCUUCUUCCUCCUUCCUUUUAAAUUAAACCACAUAGUGCAUUGUUUUUGUACUCAUUUGUCUUUUUGUAGUUAAAAUUAAGUACAGUACAUUAAAGAACUACACUCAGUAUGUUUUUUAUUUUUGGAGCAUGUAUUACCUUAUGUGUUAAAGGUUAAAAAAGAAAACAGAAAAAUGUAAAAAAAGAAAACAGAAAAAACAAAACAAAAACAAAUUUGUCUUGUGCAAAGCUGGCGGUAAUGCUUGCCUGUUUGUGUGUGACUUGAUUGUACCGUGUGUGUUUUUUUUUGUUUGUUUGGUUGUUUUUUUUUUUUUUUUUUUUUGAGGAUGCCGGGAUAGUUGCAGCUCUCCAUCGCCUACAUAGUUUCCUUCCUGGUAAAGUGGUAGGCUAGCAAUAUACAUACUAUAUAUACUAUGAGAUCUUAAUAUUUUUUGUUAAACAAGAGUCCAAAAAGAAAUGUUUGUGACUGUAUGCAUUUGUAUGAAUUAUUUUAAAUGAAAUAAAAGUCAGAGUUAAGUGACACGA